GAUGACUUUUGCGUUUUUUUCUUGUUGAACUUUGCCGUCGUGUCGUUUUCUUUGGGGGAUAUUGCUUGAAAGAAGCUGUUUUUUGGGCUAUAAUUUGUGAUCGGAGGACGCACAAGGAAGCAAUCAUGGGCCUGCUGUACGCGCUGCGUGUUCGGAUCAUGAACUUCAUGAUUUUCUUCCUCAUCAUCAUCCUAAUACCCGGCCUGCCGCCGCGCACCACCUUUCCCUUCAAGGAAUAUGUUGUGACCCCGCCCAAGGACCUGAAGGGCGCCCUGGAGCCGAACUUUCACCUGGACGGCGCCGAGCGACUGCUGGAGGGGCGGGUCUACGGCCCCGAGUGCCUUAUAGCCCGCAACAACGAGAUCUACACCGGCAUCCAUGGCGGUGAGGUCAUCAAGCUAACCUCCAACCAUGUCACGCAUGUCACCAAGAUCGGCCAGCCCUGCGAGGACAUUUACGAGGAGUCCAGGUGCGGCCGUCCUCUGGGACUGGCCUUUGAUACGCAGGGCAACAACCUCAUCAUCGCCGACGCCUACUACGGCAUUUGGCAGGUGGACCUGGGGUCCAACAAGAAGACCCUGCUGGUUUCCCCUGCCCAGGAGCUUGCCGGCAAGACCAUCAACCGUCCUGCUAAGAUUUUCAAUGGCCUGACGGUCGGCAAACAGGGUGACAUCUACUGGACGGACUCCUCGUCGGAUUUCACUAUCGAAGACCUCGUCUUCGCCAGCUUUGCAAACCCCUCGGGCCGUCUUUUCAAAUACGACCGUUCGAAGAAUGUGAGCGAGGUGCUGCUGGACGAACUGGUCUUCGCCAACGGCUUGGCGCUCAGCCCCAACGAGGACUUCAUCGUGGUGGCCGAGACGGGUGCACUGCGUCUGACCAAGUACCAUCUUAAGGGAGCGAAGGCCGGCCAGAGCGAGGUGUUCGUUGAUGGACUGCCCGGUUUGCCAGACAACCUGACGCCCGACGCCGAGGGCCUCUGGGUGCCAUUGGUCGUGAGCUCGGACAGUGAGCAUCCUAAUGGCUUCACCCUGUUCACCCGCUUCCCCAGCGUGCGUCUGUUCCUGGCCCGCAUGCUGGCCCUGUUCGAGCUGCCCUUCCGCUACCUGAAUAGCGUUUACCCGAACAAGUUCUCGCAGCGAUUCGUCCACUUCGUGGGACACAUGGAGAGCAUCAGUGUGCUGGCACCCAAGCGCACUACUGUGGUGCGCGUGGACUGGAACGGCAACAUUGUGGGCUCCCUGCAUGGAUUUGACAAGUCGGCCAAGACGGUUUCGCACGUGCUGGAGUUCCAGGACUACCUGUUCCUGGGAUCGCCCACCAAUCAGUACUUGGCGCGUGUGAAGUCGCCAAAGACCAAGCAGCCCACGCUCAAGGUGCGCAAUGUGCGCGUCGAAGGCGACGGUCUGGAGGCGUCUAUUGGUGUGCCGCCCAGCACAACAACGCCCAAGCCGCAGCCCAAGGCGGUGCCCAGCACAACCACGCCAAAACCCACUACAAGUACGACAACAACCACGCCAAAACCCACAACAACGACGACCACCAAGAAGCCAACGACCACCACCACCACCACUACUACUACAACCACUACACCCAAGCCAACCACCACGAAGCCGCCGACAACAAAGCCACCUACUACUACGACAACAACCACGACAACUCCCAAGCCAGCUACGACUACAACUCCCAAGCCGGCUAAACCGACACCCAAGCGUACAGUGCCUGAGAAACCAGCGCCCGUGGAGGAGGAGAUUCCAGCGGACACCAAGCCACCCAAGAAGGAGAAGCUCAAGGUCAUCAACAAGCAGGGCGUCAAUGUUGAGCUCUAGGAUCGCAACAUCUGUCGCCUACUGAGUUUAUCGGGGAUGUUCCCAGACGCGAGAUUAGUUUGUUCACGUAGUCAAAGCCGAUUCUGUUUAUUAUCUUUUCCCUCCAACCUCUCAACUAUUUUUUGGGAAUAUCCAGCCAGGUCUCUUUUAUUUAUCAUGUCCCAAACUCAGGCUAAAGGGCCAGUUAAUUUUAGUCAAAAUGUAGCUAAACACUGAUUUGCCGGGAUGCCUAGCUCAGAUGAUCCUCGAAGGGCAGCGCUUUAUAUGUGUCGGUUUUGCAUAUAAUUCUGUUUUGCUUAAGCGCUCUAUACAUUCCAUUCUCUUUCCCAACCGAAAGUGCAUUCCAUCUAGUUAAGUUUAAAGUAAACAAUGCCCCUAAAUUGUUGAAAGCGAGCAACUUUUGAUUUUGUACUGAUAUUUUCUUAUUUUCACUAAAAAUAAAGGUAUUUUGUAAACAUA